AUGUCUCUUGAAAACGCUACCGGUGCCGUCAUCCCACCAAAUUUUAAGGUAUUUAAAAUUGACGGCAGCUUUGCAUAUAACGGCGGACAACAUCGACAUUCUGAUGGUAAGAGGACGUUCCACGUAAUCCAGAUGGUCGUUUUCCAACGAGGUGGCCAAAGAACAGAUGAAGUGUUGCACACUGUGAAGCUUAACCCUGAAUCAACAUUGAAGGUUCCCGACGUGCUGAAUCAGUUGUUGCUACCAAAAAUUCCUAAGGUUAUCGGAAAGCACAUGACAGGAAAUAGCCUCAUCGAAAUGAGGCUAGAAAGCGGACUAAUGGCUGGAGGCAGUAUAUCCAAAGUAAUCGACGGCAAGGCGUAUGGAAAAGGGAUGAGGGCUCACAAGAUUACGCUUCAAGCUAUAUGA